ACAGUGCCUACUCUCGCCAGGGCUAGCUUUGUGAUGAUGAUUAUCCACUCUAUAAAAAGCGUAUCUCGUGCUGUCUUCUUCUGCCCUUAACCUCGUAUCUCUUUUUCUUUGUUUUCAGGUUCAGUUCAAUUUCGUGAAAGAUCGCAGAAACAGGCCAAAGGAAAAGAGGGUCAAGGGUUGAUCAAUACAGGCUCCUCUUGUGAAUGGAUGUUGUGAAGAUGAAAUGGAAGAAAAGCGUGCUCGUCAGGGCCUGGGACAGAUGUUGCUCGCUUGGAAGCACUGUCAUCAACAAGUCAUCAGGAACUUCUUGUGACGCAUUGAAAAAGAGCAAGCCAUGGUACUGCUCAAGAAGAUCAUCUUCCCUGGAAGAAGAUAACGGGAAAAAGAAGUGUCUGGUAGCUCCACAAGGAUGCUUUUAUGUCUAUGUCGGACCCCAAAGACAAAAAUUCGUGAUCAAGACCGACUUCGCCAACCACCCAUUAUUCAAGAUGUUGCUAGAAGACGCUGCACUUGAAUACGGGUUCAGCAGUGAAGGUCCCCUUUUGCUUCCAUGCGAUGUUGAUUUGUUCUACAAAGUUUUGGCGGAGAUGGACAGUGGAGAAGACAUAAGUCCUGUUUGCGGCUUUGCAUACCGUCCAUUAAUCCUUUGCAGCCCUUCCCGUCGCCACAGUUCUAGUAUCAAUAAAAGCUAUGGAUCGUAUAAACUUCUCACUCCAUCUCGGAUUGAAUAGUUAUUAAGCUUACUGUUUACAAAAUUUUCCCUUUUUUUUUUUUCUUUUUUUUUUUUUAAGUAGUGGGAAGAUCAUGCACAUAUAUCAAUGUAAU